UGAAAAGCUAAGACCAAGUUAAGAUGAGAAGAUACUAUUAAAUAUAUGGAAGGUGACGUGUGCCAUCUGGAAGACUGGCACGGGUACGUUCGCUUUGCGUGGAAAAGACUGCUUUCUAGAAAUUUCGACCAGUGUUUCUUUGUUUCAUCGAUGGAAUCUGUGGACGUCGCGAUAAUCGGAGCAGGGCUGUGCGGGUUGGCGCUCGCGAUUGGCCUGCAGAACAGAGGAAUCACCGCUCACUUGUUUGAAAAGAGUGAUGGGAUUCGAGCGGAUACUGCUACAGGGAUAAGUAUUGGAAAGAAUGGUACCUUUUUUUCUUACCUUCCAUUGUUUCGAGCUGUAAGAUUUUUCGCAGGAGGGCGAGCUCUGGACGGAAUCCAUCCGGGGCUCGAGGAGGCCAUGAAAUCUGCAGGAACGCAGAUAAAGAGCUUUAGAAUCCUUGACAUUACUGGUGGCGAGAAGCAGGAGAUUGAGAUGAAGGAAGGAGAAAUCCCGGCGGUGUUUAUGGUACCUUGGAGAAAAGCACGAAAGAUGUUGGCUGACAUGGUUCCCAGUUCUAACGUUCACUGCUCGCACAAACUCGUCUCCUACAGUGCUGCAAAAGAUAAGGAUGAAGUCGAGUUGGAGUUUGAAGUUCGAGAUGAUCAAGGCCGGACUUCUCGCAAGACAAUCCAUGCCGAUUUGGUGAUUGGAACAGAUGGAGUCCACUCCGCUGUGAGGAAGAUCAUGGUGGGAGAUAAACCCAGGGACUUGCACCUGAUGAACUGGAACGCUCUCGUCUACAAUCCCGAUUCCAAGUUCUUCAAGGUCCACGAGAAGGAUCAGAUUUUCAUGAUCAAGGACCACGCAACAUUCGUUCAUCUCGCGGACUCAGGCGAAGACUAUACCUUGUGGGUGGUCCGGAUGCACAACGAAGACAUCCCGACUGGUGGUGCAUUUGGAGGCCCUCCUGCCAAAGAACGAGCUCUCAAAGAAAUCCGAAAGUUGGAGCCACCGGAAGUCUGGGAGCCACUGAGAAUCGCCGUGGAAGCGACGAGUCCGGAGCUGAUUUACGAGCGGAGGAUCAUCGACAAUCCACCACUCGAGUCUUGGAGCGAUCUUGACGGGCGUGUUCUUCUCAUUGGAGACGCGGCUCAUGCAAUGCAUUGGGGUCCCGGACAAGGCGCUAGAACAGCGUUUGAAGACGCACACCAGCUAUCAGAGCUCCUGGCAGCAGCAAUAGCAACCGGUGAGGAAAGAAAGAGAGCCAUUGCAAGGUUUGAGGAGCUGAGAAUCCCUCGCAUGACGAGAUUCCAGGCAUUCGCGGCCGAGGGCACCGAGCUGCCCGAAUUCGUCACGGAGGAUGUCCAAACUCUCCCAGAGAGCGAGCGGCGCAAGCGUAGAUAUGAAUUCCAGGCCUGGGCCGAUAGCUACCCGGAGAAAAUGGCCGGAGAUCCCGACUCCACUUACUUCAAGCCGCUGUGAAACCAUCGCCCUGGCCUCCUGGCUUAGCCUAAAUGUGAAUUAAAUGUUAGGGUUUAAUCGGA